AACUCAACAUCUUGCCUUAGAACCAACACAUCCUUCUCCCAUUCUUAGGAUUACAUUGAAAAUUUAUUCUUUUUUCCGGAGAUAUGGCGGUCACUUGCUUCACCCAAGAGUUCUCGACUCCUGUUGCUCCUUCCAGGAUGUUCAAGGCAUUGAUCCUCAACUCCCACAACCUCAUCCCCAAGAUCGCUCCUCAGGGUAUCAAGAGCAUUGAGUUUGUGGAAGGAGAUGGUGCUGCUGGAAGCAUCAAGCAGACCAACUUAGCUGAUGGUGGUCACUUGAAGUGGCUGAAGCACAGGAUCGACGCAGUUGAUGCAGAGAAGCUCGCUUGCAAAUACACCUUGAUUGAGAGUGAUGUCGCAUUCGACAAGAUUGAAUCAGUGGUGUACGAGGUGAAAUUCGAAGCGUCCAGUGAUGGUGGGUGUGUCUGCAAGAUGACAAGCGAGUACCAUGUCAAGGAGGGCGUGGAGCUGAAGGAGGAGGACAUCAAGCAGGGCAAGGACAAGGCCAUGGGACUUUACAAGGUUGUCGAGGAAUACCUUCUUGCCAACCCCAAUGUCUAUGCUUAAAUGAGCAUAUUUCUAGUUUAUGUUUGCUCAAUAUCGUGUCAUGUCAUUUCCUCUAUUGCUUUUUCUUUGCCUUUUGAUGUUUACAGAAUUUGUUGCUUGAUACUUAAUAUAAAUGUGUGAAAGAUCGAGCUGAUGAAAUAAACAGACAUUUUUCUUUUCAGUCGCAA